AUGCAGAUGAAACCUAGUGUGGAGUUUCAUGCAAAGAAGACCACUAUUCCAGACAACGGUACUUCCAAACCAAUUAUGUCUCAGAUUUGGUCCAAAUCUGGAAACUGUCCUUCAGGGACAAUACCCGUUCGUAGAGUCAGUAGAGAAGAAAUAAGCAGAGCCUCUUCACCAUCUCAGUUUGGGAGAAAAACACAUCAAAGAUACAGUUUUCUCGACAACGCACUUGAACACAAGGGCAAUUACAAUUUCACCGCUGAAACAUCAAACGGAGGCCGCCCAUGGAGACAUUCGGAAGCGUUUGCUGUCGCUCUAGGGUUCAAUUAUCUUGGAGCUCAAUCCGAUAUAAAUGUCUGGAACACUCCGAGAGUUCAAAAUGGUGAUUACAGCACUGGUCAGAUCUGGCUGUUUAAUGGCAUCGCAAGUACAUUUGAGAGCGUGGAAGCUGGUUGGAUGGUGAAUCCAAGCGUUUUUGGAGACUCCCGCGCUCGUCUCUUCACCUAUUGGACUGAUGAUGCAUACGAUAAAACAGGAUGCAUCAAUCUCCUAUGCUCAGGAUUUGUGCAAAUAACUAGUAGGUUCGCCCUUGGUGCAGCCUUAGACCCUGUUUCGCAUACUAAUGGUGACCAGUAUGAAAUUUUCGUCAGCAUAUUCCUGGAUCCAUACACCCAUAACUGGUGGCUGACUUUCGGAAACAACCUGAUGGGUUAUUGGCCGGGAAACCUCUUCGGACUCCUCCAAGGAAGCGCAACCGCAGUGCAGUUUGGUGGACAAGUCCAUAGUCCUAACGUGCGAAAGAAGCCACACACGAGAACUGCAAUGGGGAGUGGAGAAUGGGCAUCUAAACUCUUUAAGAAGGCUUGUUACCAUACCAACAUGAGGAUCAAGGACUUUUCCUUGCAUAUCAAGUAUCCCCAGUGGCUGUCCGAGUACGCUGAUGAGUACAACUGUUAUUCUACAAAACUCCAUCGGGAUAGGCCCAACUCAGAGCCGCGUUUUUACUUUGGAGGACCUGGCCAGAAUCGUCGUUGUCCUUGA